AUGAAACCCAUAUUUAGGAGGUCAAUUGAAGUAAUCAGUCGAUACUUCAAGGCAGCUUUAUAUGCAAUUGGGGAGUUGCUUGAUGAGAUGAUCCAGCCCCCUUCCAAUGAUGUUCAUCCAAAAAUCCUACACAGUAGGCGCUUCUAUCCCUACUUUAAGGACUGUGUUGGUGCAAUUGAUGGCACCCAUGUUGCUGCCAAGGUACCAGCUGCUAUUGCUUCGGCAUUUAGGGGUCAGAAAGGUGGCACCACCCAAAAUGUGAUGGUUGCGGUUGACUUUGACCUUAAGUUUACCUAUGUGUUAGCUGGUUGGGAAGGGUCGGCCCAUGAUGCACUCAUUUUGGCUGAUGCUUUGGAAAGGAAUGAUGGAUUUGUUGUCCCUGCAGGAAAAUUCUACCUCGUGGAUGCGGGCUAUGCCGUGAGGCCAGGGUUUCUUCCACCAUAUAGGGCUACUCGCUAUCAUCUUACUGAGUUUGGUGAACGUGUCCCUCAAAAUGAGAAGGAAUUAAUCAACCUCCGCCACUCCUCAUUGAGGAUCACGGUUGAGAGGGCGUUUGCAGCUUUCAAGAACCGGUGGAGAAUUGUGGACAACAAGCCUCACCACCCUUAUGCGUCACAAGUCAAAAUCGUCCUAGCUUGCUGCAUUCUUCAUAAUUGGAUACUUCAGUGGGGAGAGGAUGAGUUUGUACCACCUGAGCACACUUGGACUGGAAAUCCAGCAUCGGAUGGAGUGAUGGCUGAGAUGGCGGCUAAUGGUGGGCAUGGCAGUGGGAAUCACCCAUUGCGCUGGACAUCUCCAAUGUCUGGGUUCAUGUUACGUUGCUUUGUAGAGCUCAUUGCUAGUGGAGUGAAGACGGAAAAGGGCUUUAAGGAGGUGCACCUAAACCAGGUGGCUAAGAAUUGUAGUGAGCACUUUGGCCUUUCCAUAACCGGGACCCAAGUGUACAACCACCUCCGCAAGUGCCGUGCUAGGUGGGUGAAGAUAAGUAAGCUCCGAGACAUUAGUGGGUCACUUUGGGAUGAUAACAAGUAUGUCAUAUUGCUGGAGGAAGAGCACUACAUGGGCCAUAUCAAGGACCAUCCCAAAGAUGUUGAGUACCUCAAUGUGCCUUUAGAGAAUUAUGUUCAGAUGCUUUCUAUCUUUGGAAGUGUUAUUGCUAUAGGAAGGUAUGCAAUGACAUCUAAUGAGGCUCUUGGGGUUCCUUCAAUGGUGGGAACCUCCUCAUCAUUUGUAAACCUUGAAGCUUGUGGUUCUGAAUUUGUUGUUGAUGGGAAUGAACCUGGCUUGAGUGCUAGUGCUGCUGCUCAUGGGGAAACUACUGCUGCUCCUCAUGGGAAGGAACCAUUCCGUGAAGUUGCUAUUGCUAUCAAGUCCACCGGAGAGGCACAUCCUGAACUUUAUGAUGUUGUCAUGGAGCUCCCUGGUUUUACCGAGGAUGAUACGUUGAUUGUCUUGGACUAUCUCAAUGAGAAUUCCAACAGGGCUAGGAGCCACUCAUUCGUGCAGAUGUCAGAGACUCGUCGCACUCGUUGGGUCAUGCACCACCUCUCCGAGGUCAACGGUGGAGUGCCCGUGCCCAAGGAAGGACUGCCCAAGGAUGGAAUGCCUAUGACCAGCGAUGAAGUGCCCAUGGGUGGAGUGUGA